CGCCCGCAGGACCGUGCCGCGGGGAGGGCGCUCAAAUUUCCCGGGCCCGGCGCCGGCUGGCUGCUGGGAAGGCGGCGGGGCGGUUGCGCGCCGGUCCCGCGGCGGUCCCGCGGCCGUCCGACAUGCAGAGCACAGAGCUGGGCAACAAGGAGAGCGGCAAGAUAUGGCACCGCAAGCCGUCCCCGGCCUCUCGGGACGGAAUUAUAGUGAACAUUGUUCACAACACUACUGAUUACCUUCCCAGAGUUCUGAGAUUUUUGAAUGUGGCUUUUGAUAGCUCGGGAGAUCGUUUCAUUGCUGGCGACCAUCAAGGCAAUAUCUAUGUUUUUGACCUGUAUGGAAACAGGUUUAAUCUUGUCCAGCGAACAGCCCAAGCUUGCACAGCCCUGGCCUUUAAUCUUCAUCGAAAGUCUGAAUUCCUGGUGGCAUUGGCUGAUUAUUCUGUCAAGUGUUUUGAUACAGUCACGAAGGAGCUGGUUAGCUGGAUGCGAGGGCAUGAGUCCUCAGUUUUCUCCAUCUCCGUGCACGCCUCGGGGCGCUACGCCAUCACCACUUCCUCCGACACGGCCCAGCUCUGGGACUUGGACACCUUUCAGAGAAAGCGGAAACUGAAUAUCCUCCAGUCUGUGGGCAUACAGAAGGUUUUCUUUCUACCAUUAAGUAAUACCAUCCUCAGCUGUUUUAAAGAUAACUCCAUCUUCGCCUGGGAAUGUGAUACUCUUGUUUGCAAAUACCAAUUGCCUGCACCUCCUGAAAGCUCUGUUAUGCUAUACAAAGUGUAUGCAGUCACCAGAGACGGCCGGAUCCUGGCUGCUGGUGGCAAGUCCAGUCACCUCCACCUGUGGUGUUUAGAAGCUAAGCAGUUGUUCAGAAUCAUCCAGAUGCCCACGAAGGUCCGAGCAGUUCGCCAGCUCGAGUUUCUUCCUGAUAGUUUCGAUGCUGGUUCUAAUCAGGUUCUUGGAGCACUAAGUCAAGAUGGAAUGAUGAGGUUUGUUAAUAUACAGACUUGCAAGCUGCUCUUUGAGAUUGGGAGUCCGGAUGAUGGCAUCACGGCGGCCGUGAUCAGCCCCCACGGACGGUACAUUGUGUCUGUUAUGGAGAACGGAAGUCUCAACGUGUACUCCGUUCAGGCUCUAACACAAGAAGUCAAUAAGCCUCCUCCUCCUCUAGUGAAAGUGAUUGAAGACCUGCCCAAGAAUAAACUGAAUUCUGGUGACCUGAAGAUGAAAGUCGUGUCAGGAAGAGUGCAGCGGCCGGUCAGGUCACGGGAGAGCAAAGCGCAGGCUCGGACAUUAAGACAGGGCCUGUCCGGCCCCUGGGAGAGCGAGAAUGAAUUGUCAGAUGGAUUGAACAAAAAGCGCCUACAGAUCUUAUUAAAAGGCUAUGGGGAAUAUCCAAUGAAGUACAGAAUGUUCAUCUGGCGCUCUCUGCUGCAGCUGCCUGAAAACCACACAGCCUUCAGCAGCCUGAUGGAUAAGGGGGUUCACACGGCGUUUCUCAGUCUCCAUAAGAACUAUCCCAUCAAAAGCAGGAAGCUACUCAGAGUAUUACAGAGGACCCUGUCAGCGUUAGCUCACUGGUCUGCCAUCUUUGGUGACACGCCCUAUCUGCCUCUCCUAGCCUUUCCGUUUGUCAAGUUAUUCCAGAACAACCAACUGAUCUGUUUUGAAGUGGUUGCGACUCUCAUAAUCAAUUGGUGCCAGCACUGGUUUGAAUAUUUUCCUAACCCUCCUAUCAAUAUUCUCAGUAUGAUUGAAAAUGUUUUGGCGUUUCAUGAUAAGGAAUUGCUGCAACACUUCAUAAAUCAUAAUAUAACAGCCCAGUUGUAUGCAUGGCCUCUUCUGGAAACUGUCUUCUCAGAAGUUCUGACGAGAGAGGAGUGGCUAAAAUUGUUUGAUAACAUCUUUUCCAACCAGCCGUCGUUCCUCCUGAUCGCUGUGGUGGCCUACAAUAUAUGCUCCAGGACUCCUUUGCUGCACUGCAGUCUUAAAGAUGAUUUUGAGUACUUUUUUCACCACCGGAAUAACCUGGACAUAAGUGCGGUCAUCCGAGAAGCUUACCGUCUCAUGGCCACCACCCCUGCCGACCUCCACCCAGACAAGAUGCUGAGUGUGUUUGUGGCCCUCACCAAAGGCCAAUAUCCAGUAUUUAAUCAGUACCCGAAAUUCAUCGUGGACUAUCAGACACAAGAGCGAGAAAGAAUAAGGAACGAUGAGUUGGAUUUCUUAAGAGAGAGGCAGACGGUCGAAGAUAUGCGGGCUGAAGUAGACCAGCAGAGGGUUGAAGACGAAGCUUGGUACCAAAAGCAAGAACAGCUACGUAAAGCUGAGGAAGCAAGAAGAGAAAUGCUCUUGCAAGAAGAGGAGAGGAUGAUACAGCAGAGAGAGAGACUGGAAGCUGUGAAAAGGGAACUGAAAGUGAAGGAAAUGCACUUGCAAGAUGCCACACGAAGGCGCAUGCUGAAGCUUCAGCAGGAUCAGCAGGAAAUGCAGCUCAGAAGACUGGAGGAUGAAAUAGACAGAAAGGUACAAAUGAGAGAUCGGGAAAUUACUACAACAGCCAGAGACAUCGAAAUGAAACAUCUGGAACUUGAAUCACAAAAGAGACUGUAUGAGAAGGUUCUUAAUAGUGGUCAAGAGGCCAUCGCAAAAGAAAUGAGAGACGAUGCAGAUGCCUAUAGACGAAAAGUGCAUCUGGAACAAGACAUGUUCCAUAAACUGAUAGACACAAAUCAAACCCGGAGCCACGACACUCAGAAGUUAAUUGAAGAAAAUCUGGCAAAAGCUGAGCAAGCAUGUCUAAAUAAUGACUGUCGAAUUCAAGCUUUACAUAAACAAAGAUGUGAUGAUCUACAGCGGAGUGAAUGUUACCGGGAAAUAGCCCGACUUCUUCGGGAAAACAGGAAGAAAGAAUCAGAAGUAUUAAGUGCAAUGAUGGGGCAUGAAGCUAGGAAGUGGAAAGAAGCCGAAGAAAAAGACUUCUACUUGAAAUCAGAAAAGAAAGAGUCUGAUCUCUCCGAUGCCUCGAGAAAGCGGUUUCUAGAAAAGGAGUUAAAGGAUUCUAUGGAAUAUGCAGAACAUCCACUGAAGGAAGCGGUACCCAAGUGCCAGAUCAGACCCGUCUCCUCCAGCAGUUUGCCCAGGACCUCUGACCUCGAUGAGAUUUCUGACAUGGAGUCAAGGCAGGUUUCUAUAAAUCAAAGAAGACUCCAUUGGGAUGCCCUUGAACAGGAUCUCAUGGAAAGAGUGAGAAACCUUCGCCAGAGACUCACCACCCAGGCUCAGAACCGCUACCGGACGUCCCAUCUCUUAGCGGCGUAGGACACCGUCCUCGGAGGCUUAGCUCCGGCCUACGCAGAGAGAGCCGCCAAUGUCGCAAUCAGUGCCACUGAUUUUUAGAUUAUUUAUUUUAAAUCCUAUAAAGGUCAACUUUUUGUAUAGAAAAGCAUAUGUAUCAUAAUUAUGGGUUGUACUUAAUUUUGCUGCUUUUUUGACUUGGAAAUAGCUUCUUGCACUUUUCACAAUAAAAAUAGUUUUUGAAAGUU